AUGUUAUUUGUGCGCGAGGACUCUCCUGUUGGAGAGGUUGACGCAGAUGCUGAGGCCUUUGGUGACGCUGAUGGAGAGGCUGUUGUUGAGGUUGUGGCGGCUGGGAGGUCGCUAGUUGGAGCCUUCUUAGAGGAGGAGCAUAAGAGAGGCUCACUUCUGGACGUAAAAGCGCUGAAGGACCUCGCGCGAUUGAUUGAUGUUAACACCAGCAAGAGGCUUUGCAUAGACGUCAACCUGUACCUUGCCAGAGACCCCAUACCCGCGUCUAACGGUGUCGUGCCGCUACCUCCCCGCUCAUCGCAGCCGCGAGCUCGCACCGCGACGGUGAUACAAGAAGAGGCGUUGGAGGAUGUUGUUGCUGCCAAUCUCAUUGGACAGGGAGCCACGCUCGCUACUUGCUGGCGGCCGCGUAGUGGCUUACCUGACAAGACGCACUAUCCUGUUAAUCCAAAUAUUAUCACGAUGUGGGCAAAGGCUGUCAACCAGCAACAGUGUACCAUCUCUGAGCCCAACAAUCACAUCAAAUCCGCCAUAAUGAGAGCUCGCGAGCGUAGUGAGAUUGAUAAAGUGCGCAAGCAGCAGCAGCAGCACGUUGGCGGGUGUGGUGGUGGAGGUGUACUGGAUGAGGUGCGAGAGCUCCAAAAAUCUGUUCUCAUGGCUCAAUUGACUCAACUUUCUGGCGGCUUGGCAGCCAAUCAGCUAGCUGGCUGGUAG